AUGGGUGGUCGGUAUCCGGAGGCCGACUCCACCGAUGAGUUCGCACACAAUCUGUAUAACGGAAUCGAUAUGAUUACCGAAGAUAAUCGUCGCUGGCCUACAGAUUUGUUUGGAAUGAACCCUCGAAUGGGAAAAUUGAAAAAUAUUGAUAAAUUUGAUGGACUUUUCUUCGGUAUAAUGAAUACAAUGUCUGAUGUUAUUGACCCGCAAUCGAGAAUGGCUUUGGAGACCACUUACGAGGCUAUAAUUGACGCCGGUAUAAAUCCUCAGACACUUCGGGGUUCAGAUACGGGAGUGUAUAUCGGGUUCUCGACGUUUGGUAUGCCUGACGGCACCCCCGAAGACGUACAGCCGGACUCUCAGAACAACAUGACUGAGACAUUGCUAUGGCUUCCCGGCUCUCAGAAGUGUCUGUACGCCAAUCGAGUGUCGUUUGUGUUUGACUUUCACGGCCCGUCGAUGAUCAUCGACACCGCCUGCUCUUCCAGUUUGGUUGCACUCAAUGCUGCCGUCAAUGAUAUGCGAUUGGGAAAGUGUCGUCAAGCUAUUGUCGGCGGCACUCAGAUAUGUCUUCAGCCGUUCUCUAACCAGAUCUUCCAAUCGACUCGUCUGAACGCAUUCGACGGCAUUCCCAAAGUAUGGGACGAAAAGGCCGAUGGAUUCGUUAGGGGAGAGACUGUUUGCUGUUUUCUUUUGCAACGCAAAUCGGAGGCCAAACGUAUUUACGCCACUGUUUUGAACUCCGGAGUGAAUAUCGACGGAAACAAAAGAAUGGGAAUGUUUUACCCCUCGGCUGAGAGUCAGGAAGAUUUGAUGAUUAAAGUGUAC